CCCUGGUUGACAGUUGUGAGUGGGUGUCUUGCCCUCGCCAGGCUUCCGUAGGAUUCCUUCACUGUCCGUGUGUUUGCGGUGACAGAGCAGCAUCGCCGCGCAUCAAACUAUGGACGAGAUUAACAACAUUGAAGUCGUUCCCUGCACCGAGUCCGACUACCUGAAGCCGUUCAGGGUGCACUACAACCAGAAUGGCACAAAAAAGUCCUGGGACUUCAUGCGAACCCAUGACAGUGUGUCCGUGCUGAUAUUCAACACCACCUCGCACUGUUUUGUUCUUGUCAAGCAGUUCCGUCCAGCUGUAUACAUGUGUGAGUGGGAACGGAUCAAGACGCAGCCAUGUCAGGCCACUGAAAAAUCAGAAGAGGGGGCUACCGAAGCUGUCGCCUCAGGCUCUGCGAGUCAGGAGGGCCAGGCGGCUACAGAAGGGGAGAGCUCAUCCGCGUGGCCGCCGGCUGCCACAGGCAUCACAUACGAGCUGUGCGCCGGGCUCGUGGACAAGCCUAACCUCUCCUUGGAAGAGAUCGCCAGACAGGAAGUGUUGGAGGAGUGUGGUUAUGAUGUGCCAGCUUCGAAACUCAAGCUGAUUACUUCUUACAGGUCCGGCGUGGGAGUCACGGGUUCCAAGCAGACGAUGUUUUAUGCAGAGGUAUCUGACGACAAUUGCGUGAGUGCAGGCGGAGGUGAGCCGCGGGAGGGCGAGCUCAUUGAGGUGGUCAAAGUCCCAUUGCACGAAGCCAUGACCUUUGCCUACAACGAGCGCAUUCCCAAAACCAUGGGCGUCAUAUUUAGCUUCAUUUGGUUCCAUAACAACAUGUCUCCGAAGUAUAAGAUCUCCACCAAUGUGUAACCACUAUUAACUUUUAUGUCAAACACUGGCCCAGCACAGCUACUCCCCUCCUCAUGCCCCUCAAAUUUUUUUUUUAUUAUUAUUAUUUUUUUUAUAUAAAAUGCCCGACAGGUGGACGUCUGCCAUCGUGUAUUUUUACAUUUUGCCCUCUUAAACUUUUAUGUGAUGUCCAUACUUUUCCCCAAAGCAAACUGCCUCAGCAGGCUGUCUCUUGCACUUUUCUCAUGUUAUCGACUUUUUUUUUUUAAAUUUUUUUUUAUAAAAUGUAUGGCACCAUUAAUAAAAAAAAAAAAAAAAAAAUGGCUGCAUAUCACUGAUUUUAUAUGCCUGCCCUAGAGUAAAUGAAUGCUCUGCUGCUUUCAUGAGGAAUCUUAGCCUGCAUUUCCCGAGCCAUCAUUCACAGACACCUCAUGCAUUUGCUGAUCUCAUUUUUAUGCUGUUGUCGAGUCAUCCCUUGAAUGCAGAGAGUGUCUGCUAAGCAACUUUGUGCACCUAGUUGGUUUCCGUCCUUAUUGGAAAGCAAAAUGUGCCCUUUGAACGCCAUUAUUACUCAAGAUGCGGUGAAAACAGUGCAUACAGCAUAAAGCAGUGCAGACUCCUUUAUGCUGUAAUACAAGAACAAUGCUUGUCAUGGUAAUUGUUGCACCAUGUUGUUAAAGCCUCAAAUAAUUUCCUAAUUCCUAACAAUUAACAAAGCAUACCAAAGAAAGCAAUCAACCUAGAAGACAUUUGCUGACAUAAUGGCUCAAUCUAAAAACCCUUCACCAAUUUUUGCUUUUAACAUAUUGUUGCUCAGCAUAGUUAGCUUAAAGGAGACCUAUUAUGGACAAAUGGCUUGCUUGUAUACAAACCACACAUCAAAUGUGCAAAUAUACAACCAAGUAACCUUUUUUGUCAGGUCCUUAUUGUCAGGAAUUGGGCUUAAAACAGCUCUGCUCUGUUGUCAUGGUAACGCAAAGCCGUACUCUCGUUGCCACACCCCGCAGUAGAUAGGGGCUGGGUGAGCAGUGGCUGAUUUGCAUUCGACAGGGCUGCAAGAGGGCUGAUUGAAAGUGUGGUGUUUUUCUUUAUCAUUUGGGUAUUGUGACACAACCAUGUCACUGGCAGGGUAUUAAAACACUUAACCGUUUUAAAUUGUGGGGGAAAAAAAUGCCUCUUUAAAGCACAGUUGUGUGAGUUUUGUGAGUACCAAACAAGAUCCAAGUUGCUUUGAAUGGCAUCUUUAACCUCAAAGAAGUGAUACAUUACAGUAAUACAAUUUCAUCUUUCACAGAGGCUACAUUUAAUUAAAUGUCUAUUUAGAAAAUAUGUCUUUUAGCUUGAAUUGUAAACAUGUAAGUUGAUGUUUGGGAAGGAUGUCAACUGUUAGUUAAUUUCAGUGUAAAGUAAUGAAAUAGAUUUGGCGCAUUCACACGAAAACAGUAUCAUUCUUAGUGAAUCAAAGCAGCAGUUUGCUAAAAGCUCAGGUCCAAAUAUUAUAAUGCUUAUUCCUAUUGAGAGAGAGAAGCUCUGGGACGAUGACCAGCAUUUAACAUCACAUUUCAAACUCACUUGCAGCAAAGUUUCAAUCUUCUCACUAGCUGUAAAAAAGGGCUGGUACCACAUUAUUUUGUUUGGCGUGUGAGGGGGACAGAAUUUCUCACUACAUUGUAGAGUUUUGGUAGUAUAGAUCCAAAUAACAUCAUAAAUACAUUAUUACUGAUUAUAGCUGACUGUAAGAUGACUGAAAGUUGGGAAAAGCUGUACAACCAUGUAGGAGUUAAUUUUGGGAAUGCUCUAUGCUAUACAGUAGAUACUAUAUGGGUGUUAAAGUGAGAAUUAAUAGUUGUUUUGGGACAAUGUGAAAAGAACAACUGUGACAGAUCUCUUUCUAGUGCAAAAGACUUAUGACAAUCAACAUUUGCACAUUAACUAUAAGGUGUGUCAAAAUAAUUUAAAAAAAAAUUCUACAAGCAUAAGCAAUAGGAUUGUUUCAGGUGUCCUUGUGCAAUAAUUUGGUACCAUUUGAGGUCUAAAUGCAUUGUUCUAACCUGCACGAACUAUACCCAUAUUUCCGAUAUGCUCCUCAUAGCCAUAGUUUGAUGCAGGGUUGAAUAUUCAACUUUAGUUUUGCGACUUCCGAGGGUCUCAACCACUCACACCAGUGUUAUUGUGCACCAAAAUAUACUGCUUGCCAAACAUUUUAGUAACACAUUGUUGCAUCACGAUGCCCACCGUUUUUCACGAGGGUUGUAGGGGAGUUGAUUUUCCCUUGCUCUAAAUGUUGGACUUUUCCUGAUAGAAAAACUGAAUUAUGCAGAAAAGCAAUGAUGUGGUGAUAUAACAUUGCAACUUGCCUCUGUCUGGGGCAGUCGGAUUUCUGGUUCAAAAUAGUACAACCAGAGAGUGAGAAAACCAUGGCAUAUUGCAUGCAUCAAUUGGAACGAGACAUGCUGAUAAAACCAGUGUGAUGAUGAUUAACCCGCUUGCCUAAUGAGCAACCAGCAGUAGUUUACUUCACCCAUAUGGCUCAAUACAGCUCAGUACGCAUGGAAACCUGGCUAACCAGGUACUAGUCAAAUAGGACCUGCUAGUACAGUGAACCCCCGUUUAUCGCAGUGGAUAUGUUCCAGGCCUACCUGCAAUAGGUGAAAAUUCACAUUAUGGAGAAACUGUAUUUUUUAAGAUAGUUUUACCUCAUUACAUGCUUUAAAAACAUUUAAACUUAUUAAAACACACUUAAACUUAUUGAAACAAACUUUUUAACUGUGAUGCAUGAAUUAUGAAAGGCUUAGUGACGGCUAUACACCAGAGGGUUAAAGUAUUCCUUGGCACCUGUUCUCACCAUCACUCGCAGGAGUUGUUCAACUUAGGGCCCAAAGCGUGCUUGCUUCAAGCUAUUCACACCCAGUUCAAGUUGACUGUAACUGACUAGCGAAUGACACAUGUACCUAAAUUUCUCGUGUAUAAUACGCACCCCCAAAGUUGACCAAAAUUCUGGGAAACCCUUCUACCUAUGUAUAAUGCAUUUUUUCAAUGCAUGAUUUUGCUUCUACCUAUAUGAUCUAAGCAUGAAGUAUUUUCUGUAUUUGUUAGUUUUUUUUUCAAAGAAUUAUUCUGAAGUUAAGCACUUUAUUUGAACGCAUAAUCCUUUUUUAUUAUUAUUUACUUGCUCUUAUUUUGAAAUUGACAGCCCUACUUUUAUUUAGUAAAUUAGAAAACACAGUUGUGCUCAUAUGUUUGAUUACCCAGGCAGAAUUUGUAAGAUGGGUUCAAUUCUUUAAAGAAAACAUGAAGGACCAGGCAAAAUGUUUUUCAAUGGGAUUCAAAUUAAACUGUCAAGCAUUUCAGAAAAGCAUUAUCAUUAAAAAAAAACAUUACCAUAAAUAAAUUAAUGAUGGUUGUUGUUCAGUCAUCAGUCAUUAAUAAAAACCAAAAAAAAAAACCUCACAAAUUCUGCCAGGGUAUGUAAACUUAUGAGCACAACUGUACAUAUAUGCAGUCAUACGUACCUCUGCCAUAUUGGAAUGAAAAGUGUACGCUACACUUUCUUUUAUAACCACUAGGUGGCGGUGACAUUUUGGAAUGAACGUGUACAGCUUUUUCAUAGCCAGUAGAUGUUAGCAUACAUUUAUAAAAUGUGAAAGUUUUUUUUUUUUUUUUUUUUUUUUUUUUUUUUUUUACAUUUGCCACUAUACCCAUGUAUAAUGCGCACUAUUGACAUUUGAAAAUUUUGGGGCUGGGAAAAAUGCACAUUAUACACGAGAAAUUGCGGUAUAUUUAAUGUCAUUUUGUCCAAUGAAAGUCUGGUAGCAUAAUGCUAAAAUAAGAUGCAAAAGUUAGGCUAAAGCAAAUUAGCAUAGAUGUUAGGGUAAAUAUAAACCUUCAAACAAUUACUACUUCAAUUCAGUUUUAUUUACAUACCGCCAAAUCACAAACUGAACCUCGCAUGAGCAUGCACUAGGUGACUAUGGCAAGGAAAAACUCACUCUCAUGGGGAAACCUGGAGCAGACCUGAGGCCGUCUGCCUUUACCGUUUUUUGAGUCCAAAAGUAGAAGAGCAGUAGGAAGAGAAAUGCGAGAGAGAGAGAGGAAUUACAACUGAGACAAAGAAGCAGCAUGCACCACACCAGCUACAUCAAUGCUAUGGUGACCAGCAGUGCCAUUGGUGUUGCCGUUUUUGGCUGCACCUGUAGAAACACAGGUACCUACCAUUACUGAGAGAGGCAAGAAAAAAAUAAAUGACAUAUCAUCAAUACAGGAAUCAGAACUGACAGACAAGAACAUGCAGCACUACAACUGUUUAGCAGUUAACUAGGAAUCUCGCCGGAGCAGAGAGCAGCUAACAAAUAAAAGAAUAUGCAGAUCAGUAGGAAACAGCAAGAGUGACUGAUGACACCUGCAACAGGAGGUCAGGGAAGUGAGACAAAAUGACAUAGCUCUGCAUCCAGCAUCCAACACUCGGAACAUCACAGGGAUUAAGACGGUGAACCUCCGAUACCCAGAAUAGUUAAAUUCCAAAAAUAAAAUGAAAAAGCAUCAAAGCUGUCCAUUCAAUGUCCGACACCUGGAACAGUGGGACACACGAAAAAUUGUCAAAAGUUGUCUAGUCAACGUCCAUGAAUAUGAAUGAAUAUGGUGCUCUCUCUAUAACACACACAGAGCAGCAACACCUACAAACAGAGCAUACAACAAUAACACUGGCAUAUAUUCUCUGCUUUGUUGGAAUAACUACUACUACUGUAGUUUAGGAGGGGACCUUCUCUGUCUGUUCUUCUUGCUCUAAAUUACGCUGCAUCUCUCCCAGUUAACCUCAGUGCUGCCCGACAUGUUGCUGCACAACAGGGUUCUACACUGAAGUCGCGUAACUUUAAAUUCAGACUUGCCGGUAUACUGUGAAAAGCCAUUAAAAACGAUCAUUUAAAAAUCUGCAAUGCAGCGGGGCGGGAACAAUGAACAGUGAGGAGCGGAGGAACACUAUACAUAAUGUUGCCGUUGGAAAAGUUCCAUGCAUGGUCAGUGCAGCCAUGUCAAAUCCAGUGGGGACCUUGCAGUGGAAAACAAUGUCCAAUCAGAUUGCUCUGAUGUUAUUCCUAUACUUCUCACAGUCCCUAGGGGGGCAAAUGCACUUGGGUAUCUGGGAAUUGUGUUGAAGAUUUAUCAUAUGCUGUGAUGUAUUUAUUUAUUUAUUACUAGUCCUCAAAUAAUGUUUUUUGGCACUUUAUCGGUAUUACCCAGGACUCACACGAUUUCUGAAGGAACUAUGAUGAACAAUUUAAUGAUUUAGAGGGAUGUUGAACAUCAAGACACAGAAAAAUUUGGAAAUCCUCUUUAAAAAGCCUUUCCAUCAUGAUGACCAGUGUCUUUCUAGGCAAGAUUUCCAGUGCUUCUGGUUUUCCGCAGUCUUGUUCUUUUUUAUGAUGUGGUGACCCAAUCUUCACUGGUACAAAAGCUGCAUGAGAAAUUGGACGGCAACAACACCUGGGCAAACUAACAAAUGAAAAGUUUCUAUAUUAUACUUGGGGCGGAAUGCAUAUUGAACAAUAUAUUUCCCUAUGGUCUUUCUACUCCCCUUUCAAACAGACACAAGUGUAGGUUAGGAAUACUGGUUCAUCAAUAGCAACACACUCUAUAUACUCGUUAUACCCAUAUUAUAAAUAACUGAUAAGGUAUUCAGUCUUACAGAAGUGUUUUCAGGUACUUUAUUCUUUCUUAGUCACUCAAUCUCAAACACACGUACUAACAUACACGCAUACACAGACUCUCAAACUGUGGAAAAUUAUGCUCUUCGAAUGAUUUCCUUUAAUUGUUGACAUUUUGUCUCAAAUCUGUGCCACAUUCAUGCAAAAAUGUUUUGUCUUCAAAAACACAUUUUAUAAUAAUUCAUUUAUUAAAUUAAUGAAUGAACAGAAUCAACAGAAAAGUAGGAUUGUUUUUUUUAUUUGCUUUCAAAUGUAAUCUGGAGCCAUUGUUUUAAGGAUCAGUCUCUUUUCUAUGUGCCUGUAAGAUGUUUAUUUUUUCCUGCCUUUGCAAAGAUAUUUGUUUCCUUUUUUUUUCCUCACAAAGCUGUAUGAUCCAAUGAGUGACCUGAACUUAAAGGUUAGCAUCUCUCAUAUUUCAUAUUAGGAAACUGAUUGAAUACAAUACAUUUACCUGGAUUAAAAACCUUGUAAACAUUUGCACCAUGCAAUUUUCACAGUUCAAAGUGACUUUCCCUCUAAAAGCCAUAUGUUCUCACUUUUAAAGAUACAUGAUAAUUGAGGUAGAUGGUUGUCUAAUUCAUUGUUGCAAAUGGUGACUAGGACCAUGAGCUCAAUGUUACAACACUUCUACCUCUAUCACUCAGGCAUGCAAUGCAACUAUUUUGUGCCUGUUUGCUUUUUGCAAGGCGCUUGACAUAUCCAACUCUCAGCAUCACGUCACAAAUUUCCAAGACUUUUGCAUUCACUGAUACCAGAUUUCCAUGUUUAAUGUCCCCCAUGAAUAUGCUGUAGUUAUUUCUUAAACUUUUACUGUUUUAUUUUUAUCUGUGCACAUUUUGUUUCCAAGUCACUGCAUUGUUUUUAUUAUUUUUAAAUAAGGUGCUAUGUGCUAUGCCUGUUAAAUUAGGAGUUGAUAUGUGGGUGUUACAGUUCAUAGUAUGACAACUCCGAGCAGCAUUAUGAAAGCAAUUUCUCACAUUUUCAUUAUACAGCACAGCUAAAUUUAUUUGUUUGUUUCUUUUUACCAGACUCGUAGCUGGAUUUACACAUGCAACAAGGUGAUAUUCCGCUAUAAAACUAUUUGUAGUGCGAACUCGUUAUUACAGAACUAAAAGAUAUUUUUGUUUAAUCACAAGGUCGACAUUAAAAUUUUUUUAUCUUUUGUGUGUUUCUCUUCUGGUCUUGCAUAUUGAUUUCUUCUUUUUUUUAAAUAAGUAUUUUCUCAAAGACAUGCAUACGUGUUUUACGCUUUAUUAAGAGUGUUUGAUCUUUGUGGAUGUUGUUUUUCUGUAAUGUUCCAAUUCUGUUCAGUUAAUUACCUAAAUGUUAAUAUAUGAUACUUUAAAAACAUGACUCUUGUUACCAACCAAUGGAAUACAUUUAGAUAUGUGAUACUUUGCAUGUGCACUAACUGUGAUGGAUUAGACUGCAUUAAGUUUAAAUAAAAUGGGUUUGAUCCCCAAAAAUAA